AGCUUAGCUUAGCGUUAAACAUUAUCCGACACACCUUUCCUCUAGCAUUUGGUAUACGUUUGCUAUUAUUUUUCGUUGAGCUACAGUGGAUGAACUUGGUUUAAUGAAGUGGUCGUGACGACAAAUUUAAAGUCACGAGCAGACGGAGGAUUACCCUCAGCGUGAAGCUAAAGAAGCUAACACGCGCGGCUAAAGAAAGGAUAAAGUUUUCCCCGGCGGAGCKAAGACGCAACCAGCCAGAUAAACAUGGAGGAUGAGGAGGUAGCAGAGAGCUGGGAAGAAGCAGCAGACAGCGGGGAAAUUGAGAGAAGACUUGAGGCGAAGUUGAAAAUAAACCAGGAAGCAAAGAAGUCCAAAUUGAAGUCAAGUGUUUCUCCUGUGCGAACUGCCAUCGUAAUCCAAGAUGACUCUCUGCCUGCAGCACCUCCACCUCAGAUUCGGAUUUUAAAGCGUCCUUCCAAUAACGGCGCCGCAGGAAACUCUGCCUCCUCAUCUCGUCCCUCGCAGCAAAUGAAAUCGUUGGCUCAACGGGAGGCAGAAUAUGCAGAGGCCCGACGAAGGAUUUUGGGUAGUGCAUCUUCAGAAGAAACGCCUCAGGACAAUCCAAGCCAGGAUAGGACUGCUCGUAUGAGUGUGCAGCAAUCUUUAGACACAGUUCGUCCAGACAAUCAGGUAAUCCGUCAACCCACRGGCCCGGACGGCACCUCGGGCUUCCGACUCUGCAGAUAAACUGGAGCUCUUUGCUGCCAGGAAACCGCUUCCUCCCUGAGAGGGCCGGGACAAGUGGGGAAAUUAAAGGGGUUGUGUGUGUGGUUUAGAGAGCCAAGUGGUGAGAUGACCUUGGAUUUGACUGACCGGAGAAAUACGAAGACAAGCAUCUUCACCCUCUCUCUACUCUGCUCACUGGUUUGAUCUUUGCCUCUAGCCUUGUCUUUUCCUUCAGUGGAACCCUGCCAGAGGCUGGCAGAGAUCAAAGAUUUGAAACUCUCUUUGUUCUCAGCUUGAACAGGCUUUGGUCGCACCCAUCCCCCCAUACACUGUGAGACUCGGAUGUCCUGUGAUAUAUUCGAGGCGUCAAGUGUUUGCCUCUUCAGGAAAAAUAAGAACUUGUUAAUCUGUGGGAAACCCUCAGAGUUGUGCAAGCAGAGGAGCUUUUUUUUCCACUGAAGAAGCAAAGGUCAUGUCUGGGUGUCCUGAGGGAGAAUGGCCUUAGUUUGUUGCUGCGUUCGGAGGCUAAGUACUCCACAGUGCCAAGAAGUGACCGUGUUCAGCAGACUGAGUGCAAGGUUACAGAAAGUUGUGCUGAUUGGACCUUUUCUGUGAAAGUGCACUGUGCUGAAAAGUUUUAAUACUGCACGGCAGGCUGUGGCUCAGACCAGAACUAGGCCAGCUCACGGGCCUGUUUUCAGCACAGUAGCUAUAAAAGAAAGGUCCGGUCCGCACACAGCCUCUGGCCCAAAGCUGUGGUCCAAACGACAGGGUCACUGUCGACAUCGAAGGGACAUCGAAGUUUUUACAAGCAAUAACUCUGAAAUUACUUCCUGGGUUGUGUUUUGUUGAAAUUAUGUUUUAAAAUGUUAACGUUGCCAUCUUUUUUUUUUUUCAUUUUAGUGUACAUUUAAAUCAAYAGAUUGUUAGUGUGUUAAGAAAAUUAGGUUGCAAUAAGAACAUUUCUUUGUAGUGUUGGAUUUAAUUUGAUCAAAUUGUCAGAAGUCAAGAACUGGAAACUAAAUCUUUUCAUGAAUAAAUCUCUUUGCCUGUGCUGCCCAGCUGACAGUUGAUCAUACAGUCAGAUGUYCUGUAUCUGUGCUGUACUUUGGUAUACAUGUAAAUUAUACAGAAAUGGUUAUAUCAGGCCCAGUGUAGAGAAUGAUGUAUUUUUGUCAGCGUCAAAGACUUAUAUGAGAACUUACCUUUAAAUCAGCGCUCUUUAAAAUGAAACAAACUUUAUCUUCCCUGUCUUAAUGAAUGUCUUCCUGUGAUGUUUUUCACACCGCAGGAUUUUAAGAGACAAGUUUACAAACUAUGAAAUGAUUAAUAAGUUAAGUAUUGUGGCGUUACAAAUACUGAUAAUUGGUUUCAUUAUUAAAAAGGAAAACAAACACAAAGUGUUUGAAUCUUUUGAACCUUUUUAUGCCUUAAAUGAUAAAUGUCACAUUUGCCAACAAGCGUUCUCUUGUGGAUAUGUGGGUUUAUGUUUGAAUCUUUUUUUCCCCCUUGGAUAGGCCUCAAUAACUGGAUGCUACCCUGUGGAGAUGCAGUUCAUGGCUGUGAGGAGGGAGUUUUUAGAAAAUUUAAGCCUUUGUGCCUUUUUUAAAUUUUUCUUUCUAGAACACCACAAGCAAACUAUUGCUCACAGUAAUUUAAUUUUUCUGCACUGCAGGACACCUUGCUAGAAGUGUUGCAUUUAUUCAAAAUUCAGUAAGGAAAACCACGUUGGGACAUCUUUUUUAUUAUAAGAUAAUUACUUUUUCGUGACUUGUGUUUGGACCUAUGACAAAAAUCUAACCUGUUAAAUGAGACCUGCUAAUUGACUGAAAGCUUUAUAUUAUGGUUAUUGUAAUUAAGUCUGGUUGAAGUAUGGAAACCAAGGGAUUUAAGAUCAGUUUGAAUCGUUUAGCAAAGACCCAUCUUGUGUGUGAUCAGCUCAUGUUGCAGUCGCUCCGUCAUCCAUCUAGUUUGAUGCUCAUUUGAUGUCAUUGUUUUGAAACUUGAACUGAAAUUUAAAUGCCCUUUAAUAAACACACACAAACAUGC